AUGGUCCUCCGCUGCUACUCUCGCCGCAACCUGCUCCCCGCCUUCAGCAAGCAGCGCCUCGUCGUCGGCCACCACCAUGACCUGCCAUCGGCUCCCCUCCUCUCGCGCUUGGCAGCCGUGCAGGUCCGCAGGCACAUGACCCAGCACAGCGCACCACUCUCUCCUUCGGCGACGCACUCGUCACCAUCACCACCAUCAUCGCAACCACAGCCACACCCACAAUCCGCCAGGCUCUCGUCGGCUCCUUCCACCCCGUCCCAAUCGCGGCAACCUGCACAGUCCACCCGGUCCCCCUCUCGACCCCGAUCCCGCCCCGCUGCAAAUCAUCACGAACCCUGGUCCUUCUUUUCCCCCCGCGCCGCCGCAUGGAGGUCACCCACCAGCCCGGGCGCACCCAAGCACCCGCUCGUCAGGAAGCUCCUCACCGAGCUCUACAGCACCCACCGACCCGUCGCUGCCAAUCGCGUAUGGCGCGCCUACAAUGCCGUCCGCGAGGCCAGCAUCCCCCGCGUCGGCUCGUCGACAGAGACGGCCUCGCUCAUGGACCAGCUGGAACCCGUCCAUCACCAGCUCGUCCUCCGAGCCAUCGACCCGCACGUCGCCCGCGCCCGCCGCCUCCACAGGCUCACCGCAAAGCGCCGCAGGCUCGAGGCCACCUCGGACCAGGAUGCAUCCCCGGCGCCCUCGACCUCGACCUCGACCUCGGCCACUCCCGCACUCGCACCCGACGCCUCGAUGCCAUCGUCCUUCCCGGACCAUGCGCCUUCGGCAGCCGCGCACGACGCCUCCGUCGCCUUCUUCGACAGCUUCAACCGCAAGAUGCUCGCCCAGGCCGCCGCCAAGAUCUCGUCCAAGAGCGUCUUUGACGCCACCUACAGCGUGCGCGAGUACAUGCACCGGGUCAAUGUCAUCUUCCGCGAGAUGCGCCGCCUCUCGCGCGCCGCGUCGUCGCCCGAACAGCAGCAGCUGCCCACCCUCUCGGACUACAACCACGUCCUCUCGCGCCUCGCUCUCGGCGGCCACAUUGGCGUCAUGGCCAACCUCUGGAACGAGCUCACCGGCGUCUCCGCCAAGCGCAACGCCAGCGCCGCGGCAGUGGAGCAGCCGCUCGUGCCGAACCGCGCCACCUACCGCGAGCUGAUGGUCGGCCUCACCAAGCACGCCAGCGACCAGACCGAGCGCGUGCAAAAGGCAGAGGCGUCGGCGGCCGUCAAGACCAAACGCAGCCUCGAAAAGUCCGCCCGCGCCGCCGCUGGCGGCCUGGCAAAGUACGGGCAGAUCCUGGCGCCCAGCGCACGGGGAGCCGCUAUCCUCGCGGCUCUGCGGACCAUGGCGCUGCUCAAGGACAUGCGAGACCACGACGUGCAGCCCAACCAGCUCACCCGCGACCUGGCCGCUCGGACGCUGCGCCUGGCCGGCCACCUCGACGGCCUCAACAUGCUGAUGAAGCAGGCCUACGGCAUCGACCUCACGGCGCCCGGCUCGACGGCGGCGGCGGGCAGCGAUCGCGACUUUCCGAGGCCCACUGUGCACACGCUCAACACGGUCCUCAUGACGCUGGGCGAGCAGGCCACGGUGCCCGAGAUGAUCGCCGCCUACGAGACGAUUGUCCGGCCCACGCCGGCGCCGGGGGGCCGAUGGAGACGCGAUGGAGGGUUCUUCCGCAGCCGCGGCCGACGACGAUGGACAGAAGGGGCUGUUUGCCACAAACUGGAAGGAUCUGAUCCGCAGCGUGCGGGAGCGCGGUUCCGAGGAGCAGGGCAGCGACGCAGCCCCGGCCGGAGAUGGCCACGGCGGCGCUUCCACGGUCAUGGCCACCGCCAGCUCUGUCGCCGAUCCGCACGGGGGUGCGGCGUCAGCAGGGAGGCUGCACCCCUACGCCCUCGAGCCGAGCGUCAAGACGUUUGA